AUGUGGAAGGAAUGUGUGUGUAUCACGGCUCGUUGUGACACAACACAGUGCUCAUUACAGUCUCUCUCUCUCUCCCACAGGUCCAUACCAAAUCACCACGAGCCGGGUGGCCGCGACCUCCACCCACACCUGGGCGCCCCUCCUCCUCUCAUCUCCCCCAAACCCCUCCAGUCCCGCGACCACCCCCACCCCCCUCCCCCCACCACCCUGUGGAACCCCGCUGCCCUCAUCGAUACCGCUUCGGACUCACGACGCACCACCCACCAUGACCCACCGGGCUUGGGCCACUACGACCUCAGCCGCUUGCCUCCCAAACUGGAGGAUGGGCUCCGGAGGGGCAGGGACCGGGACGGGGGCCUGGAGAAGUACCACCCCCCACUCCGAGGCCCCCCGGGGCUGCCUGAGCCCAGCACCUUUCUGGCAGAGCUGGAGAAAUCCACCCAGACCUUCUUCAGCCAGCAGAGGGCCUCGCUGUCCCUGCCCAGCCAGUACGGAGAGCUGGGGGGAGGGAUGAAGAGCAUCGGGGCCCUGAAGAGCCUCCAGGGGCCCCCAGGAAUGGGGAGACAAAGCCAGGCCCAGGGACACAGUCUGGGCCAGGGAAUGGGGCCUGAGUCUGGCCUAAUGUACGAUGAGUUUCUCCAGCAGCACCGUAGGCCUGUCAGUAAACUGGACCUGGAGGAGAGGAGGAGGAGAGAGGCCAGGGAAAAAGGUUACUACUACGAGCUGGAUGACUCGUAUGAUGAGAGUGAUGAGGAAGAGGUCAGGGCCCACCUCAGGAGGGUAGCAGGGCAGCCCCCUCUCAAACUGGACGACUCCACGGAGAAAGUGGACUUCCUGUGUGUGUUUGGUCUGACCACGGUGUCACGACGCGACCACCUUGUGCAGCAGAAGAGGAGGAAGAGGAGGAGGAUGCUGAGGGAACGCAGCCCCUCGCCCCCGGCUGUGCUGUCCAAACGCACCCCUCCUCCCCCGGCCCCCCUCAGCACCCACUUCACCCCAGAGGAGAUGGACAGAGCCCCCGAACUGGAAGACAAGAAACGCUUCCUCACCAUAUUCAGCCUGUCCCACGUCUCUGUACAGCAGAGGAGAGAUAAUGAGACAGUGGUAGAGUUGCUUCAGGCUAUUAAACAGAAGAGUGUAACCUUGGAUACCAUCAGACAUGCCCCUCACCCCCUAUGUAAGACCCCCCCAGCACAGAACUCGGAUCCUGCCUCAGCGCUUUCCAGCGAAUCAGAUGAGCCACUCAGUGUCAGUCCCUCCUCCCCCGGCGGACUCCUGGGGCAGUCUAAACCCCCCUCCUCCUCUGACGCACUGAGACCAAAGGACCUCCCUCCUCCACUCCCCUACCCGGAAAAGACCCGUAGGCUCCCUGAGGGCCCCCCCUCCAAGAGGCCCUCGUCAUCCAGCCUGCUGAAUAGCCUGCGGCCCCCCAUGCAGCCUAAAGAUGCUCCCCCCAGCCUGAAUGGCCGGACCAAGCCCUGGGAGAGCUUUACUGCUGAAGAGUUUGCCCAGCAGUUCCACGAGUCUGUCCUCCAGUCCACACAGAAGGCCCUACAGAAGCACAAAGGUGGAUCCACAGUGAUCUCAGCGCCCUCUCACCUCCAGGACUCCUCAGUGCACUACAACAUUCCAGAGCUGCAGAACGCCCCCAGCCGGCCGCCCCCGCCACACACACACCCUCACACACACCCGCACGCACACUCCAUCCAACACCCUCACUCACACCCGCACUCCCAGCCCAAUGGGCAGCACUGCCCCCCGCACCCCCACCGAGAGCCCCCAGGAGUGAGGGAGGAGCAGUCUGCACCAGAGGACUCAGAAGAAGAGGAGGAAGAGGAGGAAGAUGAGGCCCCAGUACCAAGGUGGCAGGGGAUUGAAGCGAUCUUUGAAGCCUAUCAGGAAUACAUUGAAGAGCAAGGUGUGGAGCGCCAGGUGCUGCAGAGCCAGUGUCGGAGACUGGAGAACCAGCACUACAACCUGAGCCUGACAGCAGAGCAGCUCUCACACAGCAUGGGGGAGUUGAUGUCUCAGAGACAGAAGCUGGCGGUGGAGAGGGAGAAGUUACAGGCUGAGUUGGAGCACUUCAGGAAGUGUCUGACGCUGCCGCAGCCCCAUUGGGCCAGGGGAGGGCACUACAAGGGUUACCCCCCCAGGUGACAGCUCCACUGACCCCCCAGGCCCUGCCCCUUCCCUCCCCGCCCAAACAGAGUUUAUUUUUAUGACCCAGCCUGGAUCUGGACCCAGAUGGACAGCUCCACAGGAGAGAGGAAUGGACAGCUCCACAGGAGAGAGGAAUGGACAGCUCCACAGGAGAGAGGAAUGGACAGCUCCACAGGAGAGAGGAAUGGACAGCUCCACAGGAGAGAGGAAUGGACAGCUCCACAGGAGAGAGGGAUGGACAGCUCCACAGGAGAGAGGGAUGGACAGCUCCACAGGAGAGAGGGAUGGACAGCUCCACAGGAGAGAGGGAUGGACAGCUCCACAGGAGAGAGGAAUGGACAGCUCCACAGGAGAGAGGGAUGGACAGCUCCACAGGAGAGAGGGAUGGACAGCUCCACAGGAGAGAGGGAUGGACAGCUCCACAGGAGAGAGGGAUGGACAGCUCCACAGGAGAGAGGAAUGGACAGCUCCACAGGAGAGGGACAAUGGAUUAAUUGAUAGAUGGAUGGGGCAGCAGGGCCAAGCAGUAAAGCACUGACUGGGGCUGCUGCCAGCCUGCCAGGGACGGUGCCACCAGCCAGUGGUCUGUGCUAACCCUGGGGUCAGAGGGUGCAACGGGCACGUCACACAUGGGGCAAAGCUCUAGGACGGCAUGGUCAACACACACAAACAUACAAAGAGGCACAGACUCACACCAUUCUCUUCAUCAGGCACCAGUUACUCUCUUACAUUGCUAUCCCAGACCCAUCCUGGACUCCCCUCACAGCCACGCCCACAGAGACAAUCCUGCAAUCGGAGAGCAGCUCAGCCAUGGAAUGGGUGUGGUCACGUGACAGGGCGCCAUAUUCCACCAAUCCAAUGCCCCUACCUCUGGCCAAUCGGACAGGACUGAACCUCCCAGCAUCUCUCCUGGCGGCAGGUCAGGCCAGCUUUCAAACUUGAAAUGCACUUAAAGAGAAAGACCUGAAGAACUACCUGGUGGUACUGUGUUACGACAAAGAACUGUUCAAAUUAGGAAAGAACUUACAAAAUGCACAUUUUGGAAUGAAUAAAGGAAAUGUUUUAUUUCGAGAUGAGAAUAAGAAUUUAAAAGGUGCUUCAGCCUUGUAUUGUAAAUAAUAUUAAGACUAAAAAUAAUUUUGUAUGUUUUUAUUACUUUAAUCAUUGUUCUUUUAAGAAGAAGAAAAUAAGCCUGCCAUUUUUUUAUAUGUUCAUGCUUUUUUGGUUGAAACAGAAAGCUUUGCUUUUAGUGUUUGUUCUGCUGCUGGUCAGGACUGCCCUGUUCGGAGGUAUAGAUUGAGGGAGAAAAGGAGAGAGAGAACAUGCUCUCCUCUUCUCCUCUCCUCCUUUGACCCAGCCAUGUGUGCAGCCUUAGCAGCAGCCUGAGCUCCAGCCACAUCCCUCCCUCCCCUGGCCUCCAGGCCCCGUAAGGCUUACUGAGAUGGGGGUAAGACCUAACUCCAGGCCCCACAGGCCUCCCAGAUCCAUGUACUCUGUCAGAACACCCACACAAAACCCCUCCUGUCAGGAACAGCAUGUUUUACCACUCUCCCUGUGUGAGUAGUUACCCAUGGGAAAGAGUAAGUGACCGCUACAGUUAGUCUCUCUCUCUCUGUCUCUGUCUCUCUGUCCCUCUCUCUGUCUCUCUCUCUGUCUCUCUCUUGCUCUCUCUCGCUCUCUCUCUCGCUCUCUCUCUCUCUCUCAUAUAUUCCCCUUCAGCCCCUAGUCCAGGGAUGAGCCCUUAGUAGAACUGUUGUCUGAUAACUAGACCAAUCUCUCUGGACCUUAUCAUUAAGCACAAGGGACACAACACCCAUUAUGAGACAUUCACAUCACUAAACCUAGAGAGAGGAAACAAUGCAGACAGUACCAUGUGACAAUGCACCGAGGGAGAUCUUGCUAGAUUCUUCUCCUUUGUGUUUGCCAUAAAAGGAAAUAGUGCCAAAAAGUAGCCCUCCCUUACACAAAAUAUCAUGAGACUUUUUUAAACCUCAAAAUAGAGCAAUUAAGAUAACUCCCUGAAUUGAAAUGGCCAGCCCACUUCAAAACGUGUUAUAUUACUACAUUGAUCCCACGUAUCAUAAUGUCAAAGCCCUUGCCAACAAUUGGAUAAUGGACGAUUUUUUUCUCCACUUGAGGGCCCUCAAAUCCAAAGUCAAUGAAAGGUUCUCUUUUGCCAAGUAUAUGAAUCCUUGUCCUGCUCUGCACUGUGCAUCUAUAGUGUGUGUUUUCAUGCCUACAUCAGUCCACCUUGCUGCUGGCCAUAGCUGUCUCCUGUGCCUCAGUACCCCUGUUCCCCAGUCUCUCUAUUCCCAUACCUUCCUUCUGUGGGAGUGUCUGGCCUGUAGUUUUGUAAAAUAAAACGUUUAGCCUUACAAGAGGACGUCUGGCAGAAUAGAUCGCAAUGCAGCGUGGGUAUUGUAGUGCUCAGUCAGACUUGACAAGGCUUUGAGUAUGUAGUCCUAAAGGGGUUCUGUUUGAACUCCAGUUUGAUGCUGUGGAUAUGAGAUGGCAGGGAGGGGAGGUUGGCUGCAGGUCUGGUCCCUACAUCCCUUUAUGUUUCACUUCUGGUGAGUUUUCAGAGGAACAACCUAACCUGUUAAGGAGGCGGAACCAUGUUUACAGACCAGAGCAGAGCUACGAUAGGAGCACCAUCUGUCAAUCAGACAGCAAGCGCUACCACUGAGUUAAGCAGCCAAUGAGUUAGCGGGAGGACGCUAGGCCCUUCCCCAGAGCCUCCUUACUCUACCAAGCACACGCAAUAGCCCCCUGGCUCUAUGGAGGAUGUCUAGACUCUAGAUGCUGUGAAACUCUGAUUUUAAAAUGUACUUGUUUGAAUUCACUGUAAUGUAAUAUAUUAUUUGUUGAAUGUAGUAAUUAGGUAUUUAUGAAUAUAUUGCUGUAAUUUCAGACAAAAAAUAAAAUAAAAUAUUUGAAAAAUGUA